GUGAAAGUCCCAAGGUGGCGUUGUCUGCAACCUCCUGAACACGGGCUGUGCUUGGUGUGGUCCCUAACGUCACCUCGCCGCCGUGCUCCCCGCCCGCUUUUUCCCCUCGCCCUGCCACAAUAUUUUAUUUUUUAAGAAAGAAAUGCUGGUUCAAGUGGAGUGCAAGGGUGUCCUGAAAUGGGUUCGAAUACCAAUGAAGGAUGACCGCUAUGAUUACUUUCAGUUCAUUCAAGAAGUUUCAGCUAAAUUCAACCUGCCAAAUGAAUCUGAUGUGGACCUGAAGGACUCCUCAGGAGUUGAUGUAGAUGGUGACAUUUUUGAUGAGUUGGUGAGAUCUGCUGCAGUAUCUUUCAAGGUGUUCACUGAGGACUCUGCUGAGAAAGAGGUCUCUGAGGCCUCCUUCUGCUCAGAAGAGGGAUCAUUCUCACCCAUUGAGUCUGUGAGGUCAUUCUCAUCAGUUGAGUCUGUGAGUUCAGGCUCCACUGUUAUUACAGAAUGCACCAAAGCACGGAGAAGGCAACUGGUAGAAGGACCACCUGACAGUAAGGCAGCAAAAGAUAUGGUCUAUGUAGCUCUACAUCAAAAAACCGGGGGUGAAGACAUAUUCAAAGAGUACAACGCAACCAAAGGCCUUUCUGAUCAAACAAGAAGGAAACUCGUCAACCUCCUGGUGGCAGAUAUGGUUGAGAGUCAUGGGAGGGUCCCACCAAUCAAUGUCCGCGUGACCUAUGCCCUAGGAAUAGUCACCCUUUUCCCCAAUUUGAAGGAUAAGGCUUCACCAACUGGUUAUGAACAUUACUACGAUCCUCACAGUGGCCAAGGUUACCUGGCCUACAGAUUGAAAACGGUUCAGCGCAAUACCACAAGUGACUUAAUGAGGAGCCCCAAGUCUGCGGAUCAACAUGGCCCUAAGACCCUGCGUGAGACAUCAACAUCUGAGCAGCUGUCAGGUGAUGAAUGCAGAGAAGCGAUGUCCGUGAUGAAGCAUUCAGCAGACCAACCAGUUGUUAAGGAGAAAAUGAAGGCAACCUUCAAGCACCGUCAGAGUAUGCUACACGAUCCAGACCAGUCUUCAGUUAUCCUAGAUCACUUCCCCCGAUUCUUGGAUACACCAGGCUUGAUUAACCAAGACUUCACAAUGCUAUUUGGAGAAGAUGUCUCGGGCAAGUUUAUUGCAAAAUGGCCAACGUUCUACAAACCUAGGAUUAUCGCUGUCUGCAAAGGCCUUCGCCCUGGUACUCAUGUGGAUGACCUUCUGUCCGCUCAAGAGGAAUCGAAUGAUUAUGGAUGGGACAGUGACUUGGCAGCUAUCCUCCUGCUCGUUCAUCUCUUGCCUCCAACCGCAAAAGGAAAAAGACAUGGGAAAAUCAGUGCCACUGAAGCUGCUGACCAUGUGGUCAAGUUCAUGAAGGUAUGUUCAGGACAUAGAUAGUGACUGAAUGUUGCUUCACCUCUUUUAACACUUAAUUUACCUAUGAUUUGUCACUUUCUUGGUCAGCUGUUUGAAUUUCCCUCUCGCAGCAGUUAAAGGGACACACCAACAUUUAGGGAAAUUAUUAAUUUUUUAUCUUCUUGUCUCUGUGUGUGCAGUAACUCAAUCUGACAUACCCACUACUAGCCUAGUUUUGCAUAGCUUAUUGAGGUGGGCAGAAGCAACAAGCAGAGAUAGAACAUCAGACUGAGUUACUGCACACACAGUAACGAGAAGUGUAUGUAUCAUCUUAUCCAACUUUGGGGGAUAAUAUUUAAAAUAUUGGCAAGUUCCUUUGAAAGACAAGAUAUUGUUUACAUAAAAUAAUGCUCUUAAAAUGAUUUGGAGAUAUUUUAUUCACUGCUGUGGUGGCACUGUAAUCAAGGAGGCCAAGAUGAUGAGAGAUAAUUAAUUAUUAUUUAUGUACGUUGCCCUUUGUUGAAUAGACAUUCAGUAGAUCCCAAAAAAGCUCUGCUUUUAACGUGCCAUGUCAUUUAGAGGUGUUUAGACGCCUAUCCAGCUAUAAGAAGAGGCUUAUAUAAGAAGCCUCUUUGGUGUGUAAACAAAUUACUGUUCCUAAUUUCCCCUCCAACACUCUUGGGGUGGGGACGAGCAUGGUGACAUUCCUGGACAGAUGUGGAUCAGCACAGCCCUUCCUCCUCUGUGUUGGAGAAAAGAAGAGUAGUAUCCAAAAGUUUUACGUCAUCCUCGAUCAGAAGGCCAUUCCCUGCGUGGCGCAGACAGCUGUGGCUGCCUUCGAUGAAAUGUUUAAGGCCCACUUCGUCUUUGCUGUAUCCUACGAUGAGGCCUUGUGCAACGUCUACACCUUCAUCCGGGCAAAAGGGGAUCAUAUUGAGGUUUGAAAAUGUUCACCUGUUACAUUUGCAAGGUACACCACAAAAGUUGCUCCGUUUUUUUCAACAUUUGAAGUUUGGUCAUGCGUUGUACCCAGGACGUUCAUUGCGUUUGAAAUGUGGAGAGAAUGGGUGUUCUUCUGUUUUUUACACAUAUUGUGGAUUCAAGAAACAUUUAUUGAGAGUACAUGGAGAUAGUGUAGCUUCAAAUUCUAUUGUUCCUUUGGACAAUGUUCACAGUAAUGUUUGUGUUCCUGAUCCACUGCCAAGUGAAGUUUCUCUCGUAAGCUACUCAGCUCCUCUUGAAAAAAGACAGUUACUGGAUAUGUGUAGCUCUAUUGUGGCUCAAGUACAAGCAUCUGGAGUCGCUGAAAGUACUAUGCAGUCUUUAGUUGGUUCAAUGGAGGAAUUUGUAAAUGACGUCCAUGUCCAAGCACAGGACACUGUUCUUAAAUGUCUUUCAUCUGAGGUAACUGAACAAACUCUAAAUAAAGUUAAAGACUGUUUUGUGCUGCUUGAAAAUCCAUUUUCAUCCCUCAAUACUGAAACUAAGAGGCGAAGACAUUUUGAGAAAAAAUGGAAAAUUGUGGAACCAGUAGAGCAUGUUCUUGGUGUGCGUUAUGAUCUACGCAAGGAUAGAACUACUGGUGUAUACAGUCAAAUUCCUGUUAAUGACAAAUUUGUUUAUGUGCCUAUUUUGGGAACUCUUGAGUCGAUGUUUACUAAUCGGGAACUCAGCAACUGUUUCCAGCAAGUGAAGCUUCAUGAAGAUGGCAUUUUCAAAGACAUUAAUGAUGGUUCAUAUUUCAGAAAUCAUCCAUUAUUUUCACAGCAAGAACAUGCUCUUCAAAUUCAGCUUUAUUAUGAUGAUUUUGAAACGGCCAAUCCCAUAGGCUCUAAAAAGGGAAUUCACAAACUUGGCUGUGUUUACUUUAUUUUAAGGAAUUUGCCAAUGAAGCUGAAUUCAGUUUUGAUGAACAUUCAUCUUGUGGCGCUUUUUCAUUCAGAGGACUUAAAGAAAUAUGGUUUUGAUCCAAUCCUACAGCCUCUUGUUCAUGACUUAAAAGUUUUGGAGACGCAGGGAAUCCAGGUACCCUUUUCAGAUACACCAUUAAAGGGGUCUGUUAUUCAGGUUACUGGGGAUAAUUUAGCUAUACAUGGACUUUUUGGUAUGGUUGAAUCGUUCAGUGCAACUUACUAUUGUCGAUUUUGUUUAACUGACAAGACACGUUUGCAGUCAGUCUUUAGUGAGGAUGACCCAGACUUAAUUCUUCGCACAAAAGAGCUCUUCUCAGAACACUGCAAUGCCAUGGCACAAAAUCCCACUCUAGUUCACUCAUUUGGUGUUAAGAGAACCUGUCCCCUAAAUGCACUGCAAUUUUUUCAUUCCUCAGACAAUUAUGCAGUGGAUAUUAUGCACGACCUACUAGAAGGUGUUGUACAGUACGAGUUAAAGCUUCUUUUUCAGUAUUUGGUGAAGCACUACAUUUCUUUAAAUGCCCUCUCUCAAAGGAUUCAGAGCUUUAACUAUGGAUACAGUGAGAGAAAGAACAGACCCAGUGGAGUCAAAGUUAAUGAUGAUAGCAAUGACCUCGGGCUCAAUGCCAUCCAGUCUUGGUGCCUCCUGCGAAAUACUCCCUUGAUUUUCGGAGACCUAGUUGACCAGAACAACAGUUAUUGGAAUUUGAUUAUGCUUUUGAUUCAGAUUGUCAACAUUGUAUUCUCACCAGUUAUAACAGAUGGUAUGACUUAUUAUUUGAAGCACCUAAUUUCUGACCAUCACAAACUUUUCAAGUUAGUGUUUACAGAUAAGAGGCUCAUCCCAAAGCAUCAUCUGAUGAUACACUACCCCAGAUGUAUUAGGAAAAUAGGUCCACUUAUACACAUGUGGUGCAUGCGAUUCGAAGGCAAGCACAACUUCUUCAAAAGGUCGGUGAAGAGUUUUAAAAACUUAACCAAAACAUUAGUCAAGAAACAUCAGCAUCAGUUGGCUUUUCAUUGGGAGAAUUUUUAUUUCAAAAGAUUACAGUUUGGUCCUGUUAAACAUGUCUCAACUAGCAAUCUGGAGGGCAGUGUGGUCUUGAGGUCUUGUCAAACUUUGAAUGUGUCUAGUGUCUCCACUACUACCUGGGUUAAAGUCCAUGGAACAGAGUACCAGAUUGGAAUGUUUGUCUGUACAAGUGUUAAAAAUGAAAUGCCUACUUUUAAUAAGAUUAUCAAUAUCAUUAUCAAAGAUGAUGAAGUGUUUCUUUUG